UCCGUCCCUCCGCACUUACGUUCCUUCUAGGACUACGCCCCUUCUCUCCCGCAUUGUGCCCCGCCUCCCCCUCCUAUCGGACAAAUCUGCCGCUGGGCCCCGCCCCCUGUCUCCUGUUGGUGAGCUGAGCUGCCUGUGAACGGGACCCGUUCCCCAGCGGGUUUCUUUUUGCGCAUGCGCAGUGCGCUCCGCGAAGGCGGUGGCUGUGUGGGGCUGGCCAGGAGGAGCAGCUCCAGCACCCCCAGUCUGCAAAGGAGCUCCAGGCGGCAGGGUGGCCAUCGCUGCAGGGGAGCAAUGGCCCCCAAACGCAAGUCGCCUGCCAAGGCCCAGGCCCCAGCCCAGGACAAAAAGAUGAAGCAGGAGCCGGAGGAGGACAGCAUCCGCUCCACCAUGGAGGCACUGAAGACCGCUCCCAAGGAGAAGCUCAAAGCCAAGAUCGACUCUGCUUGCCAGCUGAGCAAUGGCAGUGAUGCCCAGAUCCACGAGGAUUACGACUGCAUGUUGAACCAGACCAACAUCGGGAACAACAACAACAAGUUCUACAUCAUCCAGCUCAUCGCUCAGAAUGGCAGCUACAGCUGCUGGAACCGUUGGGGUCGCGUGGGGGAGGUGGGGCAGUCGAAGCUCAGCCCCUUUCCUUCCCUGGAAGCCGCCAAGAAGGACUUUGAGAAGAAGUUCCGGGAGAAGACCAAGAACAGCUGGGCUGAGCGGGAGAACUUCGUGGCCCACCCUGGCAAGUACACCCUGAUCGAGGUGCAGCACGGGGCCGAGGAGGAGCAGGAAGUGACCGUGAAGGUGGACAGCGUGGAUGGAGGGAAGCGCACCAAGCAGAGGACGCUGCCCUGCAGCCUGGACAAGGCCACCCAGGAGCUGAUCUCACUCAUCUUCAGCAAUGACAUGUUCAAAGAGGCCAUGCAGACCAUGAAUAUCGACGUGAAGAAGAUGCCGCUGGGGAAGCUUAGCAAGCAGCAGAUUGCCAAGGGCUUUGAGGCCCUGGAGGCCAUUGAGACGGCUCUGCAGGAGCAGCCGCUGCCUGGCAAGCAGCUGGAGGAGCUGUCGUCCCGCUUCUACACCAUCAUCCCCCACAGCUUCGGCCGCUCCAGGCCCUGCACCAUAAACAAGCAGGAGAUGGUCCAGGCCAAGAAGGACAUGCUGCUGGUGCUAGCAGACAUUGAACUGGCCCAGAGCCUGCAGGCGCAGAAGGAGAAGGAGGAAGAGGAGGUGAAGGUGGAGGAAGUGCCUCACCCGCUGGACAAGGACUAUGAGCUUCUGAAGUGUGAGCUCACCCUGGUGGAUCCGGCGUCCGAGGAUUAUCAGGUGAUCCAGACCUACGUAGAGAAGACCGGGUCGAGCCACCGGAAGGUCAAGAUCCUGAACAUCUGGAAGGUGAAGAGGGAGGGAGAGGGCGAGCGCAUGAAGGCUCACGACCACCUGGAGAACCGGCGCCUGCUAUGGCACGGCACCAACGUGGCUGUUGUCGCUGCCAUCCUGAAGAGCGGCCUGCGCAUCAUGCCGCACUCCGGCGGGCGUGUGGGCAAGGGGCUUUACUUCGCUUCCGAGAAUGGCAAGUCGAUGGGAUACGUGAGCUGCACCUCCCAGCGGAUCGGGAUCAUGUUCCUCAACGAGGUGGCCCUAGGCAAGGAGCAUCGGAUCACCCAGGACGACCCGUCGUUGUGCGAGGCCCCCCCGGGGUACGACAGCGUGAUCGCCUGCGGCAAGACUGAGCCAGACCCUGCUUGUGACCAGGAGCUGAAGAUGGAGGGCAGGAAGGUGCUGGUGCCACAGGGGAAGCCCAUCCCAGUGGCCAAGUACCGGGAUUCCUACUUCAGCCAGAGCGAGUACCUGAUCUACCGGGAGAGCCAGUGCCAGAUCCGUUACCUGCUCCAGCUCCGCCUCUGAGGUGCUUCCCCGCAGGCCCGGCACCCCUCCAGCUCUGGGAGACGGUGGCCUGCUGUGCCGAUGGCGACGAUACCCCAGGGUGCCACCUGCAGCAGGGUUAGAUGACAGCACUCAGUGGGCUGGCUGCGGGAGCGCCUCUGUUGCCUGCUGGCUCAGGAUCCCUGAGUCCCACAGGCCUGGAGAGAUGCUCUACAACGUGCCGUGAGAUGCGUGGCUCCUGCACUCGGAGUCCCUGGGCCAUGCUGCCUGGAGGAGAGGACUGGGGUGCAGCUGCCAUAGCCAGUUAAACUCCCAACAGUCUCUGUUGGGGCCCUGGGGGACACUCCCGAGUGCUGGAGUCUGUGAGCCGCAGGGUGCUCUGAGGCCUUCUGUUACUGUAAAUAAAAGCGUGUGCGGAUUGCA